AUGGGAUCAAGCAGACAUGGAGAUUCUGGCAGACGCCAUGAAUCAUCACGCCACCAUGCAAGCGGGCCACGCCAUGAUUCUAGCAACCGCGUCUCCAAGUCAUCGUCAUCACGGGCAGACGACAGCAAGAGCCGCAGCAGAUAUAUGACUGAAGAAGAGCAAUCUAGACAGUUUAUUGCUGGUGAAGAUAAAUUUGUCUUGACGCAGUCGAAAAAGAAGGCUGAUAUCCGCGUCCGAGAGGACAGAGCAGAGCCUAUCGAUUUCAUUGCAUUUAGCCUACGAUAUAUUGACGACGAGCGCGACCUCUUAGAUGAGCAACAAUCAGACAAGCUCAUUAAGGUGCCGGCUCCUGAGUCAGUCAUAGAGUCCUUGGACUUGGAUGGCAUACAGAAGUUGCUGAAGGAGCUCGAGUCAUAUCGUACUCUGGAAACCAAUAAGAGAAACCGCCAGUACUGGGAUGCCAUCAAGACGCUUUCUAAAGAUACAGAGUCAAAGCUGGAUUCUCGAAAAUAUGGACAUAGAAUGACCGCAAAUGUCGAAGAAGAUAUUGACCGUCUUCUAAAGCCCAAGAACUUGGCACAGCUUGAAGAGCUUGAGAAGGUUGUCAAGGAUAAGCUGGAUAACGACGAUUCUAUUGAUUACGACUAUUGGACCGACCUUUUGAAGCGAUUGAGAGUUUGGAAAGCCAAGGGAGUUUUGGGCCAAGUACAAGCUGCUGUUGAUAAGCUUCGACAAGAACAAGCUGCAGCGGCACCCUCAGGACAGCAGCCAAGUGUGCAACAGCAUAUCAGCGCAGAGUCUAGCAGAUUCGCAGCUGCUUCAGGAUCAGGGGCACCUCAUCAAGACGCUUCUCACGCUACUAACGCUCUGUACGACCGUGAAGCUGCCCGUGGCAUCGCCGAAAACGAAGAGGUCUUUGCAGCGGAAGAAGAGGUUGGGGAUAGUUCGAAACCACAAUGGGGAGAGAAGUAUGAAGCUCGCAAACCUCGUUAUUUCAACAGGGUCCAGAUGGGCUACGAUUGGAACAAAUACAACCAAACGCAUUACGACCAGGACAACCCUCCACCAAAGGUGGUACAGGGGUACAAGUUUAACAUCUUCUAUCCGGAUUUGGUCGAUGUAACAAAAGCACCGACCUACAAAAUCAUCCGGGAGCAUGGGAGACGCCGCGGAGAAUCACACGCGGCUGCCGGUGAGGAUGACACGUGCCUCAUCAGAUUCAUUGCCGGCCCUCCGUAUCAAGAUAUUGCCUUUCGCAUUGUAGAUCGCGAAUGGGAUUAUAGUGCAAAGAGAGACCGAGGGUUUAAGAGCUCAUUCGACAAGGGAAUUCUUCAGCUUCAUUUCCAAUUCAAAAAGGUCUACUACAGAAAGUAA